CAGAAGAAGCUUUUCAGCUGAAGAGGGAGGAUUGCUCCUGUAGUGCUGAGAAUUUUGAAGAGGAACUUUUCAAUCGCAGAUCUUGGACUGUGGUUUUGUAUAGUUUUUAGUUGUGUUUUGAGUUUUGUUCACACAUCCGAAUGGACUAUUUCCCAGAUUCUGUGUGGGUGUUCAUGCUUGCAGCCUGUGCCAGUGAAUCCAGAAUGCAAUGGCUGGAGGAGCACAGUGCUGAUACCAUGACACCACACACUAAUCUGCAGCUGGCCCGUAUACCUAGGCCUCGUUUGUAUCGCAAAAGACGUUUGCUAGAUGGUAUACGAGAGGAUAGUGUGGUAAAGCUUUACCGCCUUUCCCCCACAGCCAUAGGUGUGCGCAGGGGGGGUGCCUGGUGCGCACAGGCACCCCCUAAUGUCUGGCACCUCGAUCUCACAUGCCUGAUGCAGCGAUCGCCGAGCAGGCUGAUUACUGUCCCCUCUGCACUGCACCCUGUCAGGACUGCAUUACUGACCAGACGCCUGGGUUAAUCAAGGAUGCCACCGCCCACCCGUCACACCCGCCACAUGCCCACCUCUACUUCUAUGCUAUGCCAACUCCAGACACUGAUGAGGAUCAGCAUGCAGCCAGCGUUCCUCUUAGGAAGACAAAUUCAAUACUGGCAGGCGGCCGGCAGCAGCAUUGACACGUCACUCGUUUUUCCAGCAGCAGCAGUACUAGUCUGCGACUGUCAGUGUCAGUGAGUGACUGACUUGUAAGUAAGCUGCUGCAGCUUGCAGGGGAAAGAGGGGGCAGCCAGACCAGGCUGAGGAGGAGCAGUGUAAUUGCAGUGAGUACCAUCAUGGGUGUUUGUUUGAAGCACACCACAACAUCUGACAAUGUAUCUGCUUUAUUAGGAUUGGCACAAGGGUGGAUAUUUUAUAUUGCGUUGACGUCAAUAGAUGGUGCUAGACACGCCCAAAAGGCGGUGCUAGACACACCCCUCCGACAGUGCACCCCCUAAUAAAAUGUGCUGCGCACGCCUAUGCCCACAGCAAUUUAUGAGCUAUAUGAGCUCUUACAUGAGGAUUUGGAGCCCAAAAUGCCAACAAACAAAGCAGUGCCUGGGAUGUGCAAACUUCUUGGUGCAUUGCAUUUUUUGGCAUCUGGCACAUAUCAGCCCACUUUAGCCGAAGUGGCUGGUAUGUCUCAGGCAACGUUUUCCCGUUGCCUGAACCAAUUUCUCAAAGCUAUAUUAAAACACACUGGGAAAUUUAUUAAAUUUCCCCAGUGUGAUGCUGAGUGGCGUGCUGUGAAGGGGGAUUUUUAUGAGCUUGCGCAAAUGCCCAAUGUGCUUGGUGCAAUAGACUGCACCCACAUUGCAAUGACUGCGCCAAAGCAAAUGGAAGAAUAUUACCGAAACCGUAAAUUUUUCCAUUCGCUUAAUGUCCAGAUGGUUUGUGAUGCAAACCUAAGGAUAAUGAAUGUGAAUGCACGCUUUCCUGGGUCCACUCACGAUUCCUUUAUCUUGCAGCAGUCUGCAAUCUGCCGUCUGUUUGAGGAAGGUGCUUUUCCAAACGGCUGGCUGUUAGGUGAUGCUGGAUACGGGAAUCGGUCGUGGCUGCUCACUCCUCUGUCAGAUCCACAUGGUACUGCUGAAAGGCGGUAUCAAAAGGCCCACAAAAAGACCAGAGUUGUUAUAGAACAAACUUUUGGCGUUCUUAAAAGCCGAUUUAGGUGCCUAGACCGCGGCAAGGGUCUUCUUCUCUAUUCUCCAUCCAAAGUUUGCAGUAUAGUAGUUGCAUGCAGCAUUCUGCACAACAUCUGUAUUGCAAACAAACUGGAGAUGGUGAUUGAUCCAUUGGUUCCUUUGGAUCUGAACCUCAGUUCAGUAGUACCUAAUGUGAUUGAUAUGGGGAGUGAUACCAGGCAGGAUGUAAUUGCGGGAUUCUUUAGUUCUUGAGUUCAAUGUUUGGCAUCAAGUUGUGUUCUUCCGCCAGUUAUUUGUUACCGAAUUUCCGGCCUGUUGGCAAUUUUGUUCUGGCAUUUUUCCAGUUGUCAUCAUUUCAUCAGUUACUUUCAAGGCCUUGUUCAGUUUGGCCUUUAAUAUAGCGGCUCUAUCUGUUUUGGAUAAUCUUUAGGCUGCGGUAUUUGCGAGCCAUCCCACAGGUAGUGCAGCUGAGUCACCUCACUGCUUGGCGAUUCCCUAUGUUGAUUUUGAAGGCCAAGCAGAGGGGCUAUGGGUCAGCGGAAUCCGUCACACAGCAGCCAGUGAUGUGCCUUAGGCCUUCCUGAAGCUGUGGCAGCUGUUUCAUUUGUUUCCUGCUCUGUGUAUAUCAGGAAGGAGAUUAAGGACACCAUCUCCAACAGAUGUUCCAGCAGAGAGUAGCUUCGCCUGUCAAGACCGCCCCAAUGGUACCCUUGGAUGGAUGAUGUCUGGCAAGCAGAGGGGCUAUGGGUCUGCGGAAUCCGUC